AUGGCCGUCAGAAACCGAAAUGACAAGAUGGACGGUGCCGCAGGAAUCUUGGUGGCACUCCUUAGCCUCCUCUUCCUUACUAUUUGGAUUUGGUUUCCCGGAGUUAUCCAUGCGUUAUACCUCCUUGCCGUCUACUACGACCGCCGGGACAAGCACAAAUUUGGUGUCAGGCCCGUAAAGCGGAUGCCCUUUAUAUUCAGCGACAAGGUGCAGUCUGGCGGUGCCACCCCGAUUUGGAGGAGAUGA